AUGGAGGAUUUUGGUUUGAAAGAUGCUCAACUUGGCUUGAAAGGUGGAAGUAGAACAAAAGAAAUAGAUCAAUGGUUGGGUGAAAAUGUGUUCAUUGGGUUCAAAUCAAGAGUGAAGGGUUGUCUCUACCUGGCUCCACGCCGACAUGCUCGGCUUCUACUGAGCCUUGGUGUGGAGAAGAAUUCAUUAAACACCGUUCUCCUCACCACAUCCUCCCCACCCAUCUCUCUCUUUCACAUCAGUCCAAAGGUGUCUAAGGGCUUGAUGAUUAGAGUUGGUCUAAGGGGAGUUUUCAAUGGGGAUUCUGCAGCGGUGAAGACUAUAAAAAGGGAUGUUUCCGGCGAGAUUAACAUACUUCAACGAAUCAAUCACUCCAACAUAAUCAGUCUCUCUCGAUUCUGUUUGCAUCAGGGAAACCCGUAUCUCGUUUAUGAGUUCGCUGACAAUCGUUUGCUUAGCGACUGGCUGCACUCGACCACCAAGAACACGAAAUAUGAUUCAGUUUUGGAAUUGAAACAAAGAGUUCAAAUUGCACAUGAUAUAGCUGAUGCAUUGAAUUAUCUACACAAUUUUAUCACUCCACCAUACAUUCACAAAAAUUUAAAGAGCAGCAAUGUGUUGUUAGACGUGCAUAUGCGAGCGAAAAUAACAAAUUCUGGGCUCGCUAGAAGUGUGGAAGAAACAGACAAUGGGGUCUGUUGUACUAGGCGUUUGGUGGUGAUGAGGUUUAGGGAAAGAAUUUGGGGUAUGUGGUAUGUUUGGUGGUGAUGAACUGGUGGUGGGGUGGGUGGUGGUGGCACUAGGUUAUGGCAGACCUGUUUUCAAUUUGGGGGAAAUGUGAAGAACUAGGUUUAGGAUAGUUUAUAUUGGGGGAAAAGAUAAAUGGAUUAACAAAUGACAUAUCUACCCUUAUGUGACCUGCACAUGUUCUUAUUUAACUGAAAAAAUAAACUGGGUUAGUUUUAAAGGACAUAACGUGUAAGAUUUUGAAACAUAAAGUACAAAAUCUA